GGAAGGGUGUGUGAGCCUCGGACACGGCCCUGCCUAUUAUUUAUCUUGCUGUUCUUCCCUCUUGCUCUUGUCAUACAGUUUUGGGGAUACCGUUUUCCGUAUUCAGUAAUAUUGGCAACCUGCGAAAGUCAAAUAUAUAUUUUUCGAACGUUGAGUAGGCCUAGCUAUUAAUUGCGACUUUUUCAUAAGUGUCGUUCUGCUAGCAGGGAAAGAGAAAGGGCGACUUGUAUCCUACAUUCGGGUAUCCGCAAUUGUCAUGUCGGUGUGCAGUUUAAAGGUUUAAUUCUUAAUUAUGAAAUCUGGGCCGAUAAAUACGUCGUUUAGUGUUUUUCCUUGGAGGUGGUUGGUUAUGCGAGCAUCACCCAUCAAUGGUCGUACGCGCAGCUCUACCUGACCUAUGUAUUUUUUUUUUUUAUCGGAUCUCACAAACUGCUCUAUUCCGGAUUGACACCCACAGUCAUCACGGGACAACAGAAGAAUUGCUUCUAAAAAUGUUUUAGAAUACUGGUUCGAUAGUGUGAAUAAACCUAUUUUAGGUUUUCAUUUCCAAAAUGAGGCAUUGUGUUGGUGAGUUCCUACAUAUGAAGAAUCAGCCAAACAUGAAUUAAGUCGAUAGCCAAGUAGGCUAUUCACUCAAUUUCCUAGACAAUUGUCUGGAUCCAGGUAGUGGUCAGUGUUUUUUUUUUCUCAACCAGGAAAAUGAGGAUUGUUUGAGGCUACAAUUUUCACUGCUCUCGCGGUUGCCGGUAGGAUAUAGGCCUCGACUGCCUUGGAACACUGGCUAGGCGGUGGAGCGGCCGAUGUAGACUGUUAUCUUCUGUAGAAUAUAAUCCUGUAAAUAUAACCUACAUAUAAACCACGUCGGCCUAUAGCCUAAUAGAAAGGAUACCUCUGGGAAAAUGUCUUCUCGUGCUGGACUACCUAGCAACGAACGAAAAUCUGACCUCCACACCUCCCUCUCUGCAAGCCGUACAGAGAAAGGCACUGGUUGGUCCAGCCGAUCACUCGGAGCGCGAUGCCGGAAUUCCAUCGCUUCCUGUUCAGAUGAGCAGCCACACAUUGGCAAUUAUCGUCUUCUCAAGACCAUCGGCAAGGGCAACUUUGCCAAGGUCAAGCUUGCCAGGCACAUCCUGACUGGCAGAGAGGUUGCAAUAAAGAUAAUUGACAAAACCCAGCUGAACCCAACAAGUCUACAGAAGCUGUUCAGGGAGGUACGGAUCAUGAAAGGCCUCAACCACCCAAAUAUCGUGCAGCUGUUUGAGGUGAUCGAGACGGAGAAGACCCUGUAUCUGAUAAUGGAAUACGCCAGUGGGGGUGAAGUGUUUGACUACCUUGUGUCCCAUGGGAGAAUGAAAGAGAAAGAGGCACGGGCCAAAUUCCGCCAGAUUGUCUCUGCUGUCCACUACUGUCAUCUGAAGAACAUUGUUCACAGGGACCUUAAGGCUGAGAAUCUCCUACUGGAUGCCGACUCCAAUAUCAAGAUUGCAGACUUUGGCUUCAGCAAUGAGUUCACCAUGGGCAACAAGCUGGACACGUUCUGUGGCUCUCCUCCCUACGCCGCCCCGGAGCUGUUCCAGGGGAAGAAGUACGACGGGCCAGAGGUGGACAUCUGGAGCCUGGGGGUCAUCCUGUACACGCUGGUCAGCGGGUCUCUGCCCUUCGACGGGCAGAACCUCAAGGAGCUGCGGGAACGCGUUCUGCGGGGGAAGUAUCGUGUGCCCUUCUACAUGUCCACUGACUGCGAGGGCAUCCUGCGCAGAUUCCUGGUGCUCAACCCGACUAAACGCUGCACCCUGGAGCAAAUCAUGAAGGACAAGUGGAUCAACUCUGGUUAUGACGGAGAGGAACUGAAGCCCCAUGUGGAGCCUGUCGAAGACCACAGUGACGCCAGCCGCAUUGAGGUGAUGGUGGGGAUGGGCUACACCCGUGAAGAGAUCAAAGACGCUCUGACCACUCGGAAAUACAACGAGGUCACCGCCACCUACCUGUUACUGGGACGCAGAAAUGAUGUGGAGGGCAGCGAUUCUCGGUCCGCUAGCAGUCUGAGCCUGGCGCGGGUACGGCCCAGUACCGUUACCAACGGCACCAGUAAACACCCCACGUCCUCUGCCACCUCCACCUCCGCCUCCCACAGCAAGACUGCCCAGCGCAGCGCCUCCACCUACCACCCCCGCAGGAGGCACAGUGAUUUCUGUGGUCCGGCGGUGCCGCCCGCCCACCCCAAGCGCAGCCCCACCAGCGUGGCCGGGGCCGACGGGGAGCUGAAGGAGGAGGGGGUGCGUGCGGUGUCCCGGAAGGUCAACAGCAGCGUGGUGGGCAGCCGUUCCAUCCAGCCCCCCUCCAGCCCCAUGGUCAGCAGCGCCAACAACCCGAACAAGUCGGAGAUCCCUGACCGCCGGAAGGAGAUCAACAUCACCACUAACAACGUCCCCGCCAGUGCCAUGACGCGACGGAACACGUAUGUGUGCAGCACGGAGCGGAACAGCACCGACAGACCCUCCCUGCUGCAGAACGGGAAGGAGAACAGCUCCGUGUCUCACCGGCUGCCCCCGGCAUCGCCCUCCACGCACAGCAUCGCGGGGGCCUCUGGGAUGUCCUCCGCCGCGGGCCCCCGUCUCACCCGUGGCUCCAGCAUCCGUAGCACCUUCCACGGGGGCCAGCUCCGGGACCGGCGGCCUCCCUCCCACGCCCCCCCCACCUCCCCCACACUGUCCCACGACGCCAGUCCCUUGCCCCACGCACGUACCCGCGCCACCUCCAACCUGUUCAGCAAGCUCACCUCCAAGCUCACGCGCAGGGUCAAUCUUGACCCCUCUAAGCGUCAGAACUCAAACAAGUCCGUCUCGGGCCUCACUCUUCCGCAGGGAUCAAAAACAGUUAACGAACCUGAGAGAGUCUGCAGAUCUCCGGUCACAAGUCGCCAUCUACCUGGGCAUCAAAAAGCGUCAGAGCCCCGGACCCCCCGAUGCGGCUGGGAUGUGAAGGUGCGGAGCCCGCGGGACCCGGCGGAGGUGGUGCUGGCGCUGCGCGAGGCGGCUCAGGGCCGUGGCUGCCAGGUCCACCUGGCUGGGCCCUUCCUGCUCUCAUGCACGCACGGGGCAGCUGGCUCGCGGGUGGCCUUCGAGGCCGAGGUGUGCCAGCUGCCUGCCGGGCCCGCCGAGACCAGCGGCGUGCGCUUCAAGCGCCUGUGGGGGGCGCCGCUCGCCUUCCGGGACAUCGCCACCAAAGUGUCCAAGGAGCUGGAGCUCUGAGGGCGACAGGGGGUGGGGCCGAGGGGUUCUACACUGGACGGACUGGCGGGAGGAGAAGGGCAGAUCCCGCCACCCCCACUGCCAACCUCGCCUCACCCCCGCCAAAGACCCGCUUCUAAUGCCACACGGACACGCUGACACACCAACAUGGACGGCCCAGUCCCGCCACUCGCUGACCUAUGACCUAUGAGCCCUGCUUAAGCACCUCAAUAUUAUGUGAAUCUAUGGAGUGGAGCAGUUAUCUGUUAAUACCAUAUUUGCAGAUGAUGGUAUUUGUCAUCAGCGUCAUUAUGGUUAUUCUAUAUUUGUUGUCAUUACUUUUUAACAGCUGCUAUUUAAAAUGUUUUUAAUAUUGAUUUUUAUUUUUAUUUCACUUUAAUGGGCAGGAGAUUUACCUCUGUUACUGUUGUUUGUGACAAUGCAUAUUUAAGAAACAAGGGCCAGCUUCUUGCUAGUCAGAAUUCCAGCCUAUAGAGGAGACAUGCUGAAAUGCAGAGAUGGACAAAAUAACGGAUCUGUAAAACAAAGGCCAGACCCUUCUUACAGGAGACCUCUGCUACUCUCUUCAAUAUACAUUUCCUUUUUUUUUUGUAUACACUUCUGUUAUACAAAAGAACGGUCAAACGUCGAUGUCCAAAGUGGAGUACGCAAUGAGUGCUCAUAUUAACCUCUUACCCUUUAUUUUUCCCUAUCUCAGCGGGUCAUAAACAGGCGUCCGACACAGUCUUCUGGUAGCACUUUUGGUUUGGCAAUAUCACCUUCAGUUGUAUUUCCUCUUAAAUGGUACAGUAAAUGCACAGGGCCGGGAUUUCAAACUUGAUUUGAUGUCAGCUUUUUAGUAUAAUGUUGGUGAAUAUUGAUCACAGUUCCACAAUCACAAUUUGAAGAUGUUUUUUUUUUUGUUUUUUUUACAUCACCCAGUAAUGCUUACAAAAUGAGAAUUGGAUUAACUAAUUUUCUUCCCAAAACGUGAACAGGUAUCAUUGAUCACACACAACAAAGUUGUGGCUUUUUGAAUUGCAUUCAGUUCUGUCCAGUAAUCCCUGUGUCUGUGAUUCACUGGGAGGUCCAGACUGCUCCUCAUCUCUAAACUCAAACACCAAGCAAUCGGUCAGCAAAACUUGUGUGAUGUAGCUGCUUCCAAGCUAAUAGCCAAUCAGACUUCUGUAUUGUUGCGUGGUGUGCAGUAUGAACAUACGAGAGUGAGAACGGGGGUGCUGUCGUUUAGAAUGUGACACUUGGUGACCUUGUUGAAAUCAACCCUGACACAGUUUUAUAUCUGAACCUGAGCUGCUCACGAUAGAUCUAAGAUGGGCGAUGGAAGGUCAUUCACUUAGGCUUUGACUGUUUCUCACUUGCUUGGGUUUGCACCAAUCUACAGUAAUGCGCCUUGUCAAAUGUUUGUGGGUCACAGCAGCAGAUCUGGCAGAACCUUAUUUCCAGUUAGGACAGUGUGCUUUUCUAGUUUAGAAUUUUCUCAGCUCAAACUGUGUUGCUGGUGUCACAGAGUGUUCCUUGACCUUUCUUGUUUGCUGAAGGUCUGUCUGGCCUUUUUUUUAAAUGGCUCAGAGAUUCAUGAACAGCGAAUAAUGAGCUCAUCAGAGUUUGCUCCUCUGUCACUGUUCCAAUAUGAGGUACUUUGGACAGUAUGUAACAUCUCAGUUAUAUGCCGUAACCUGUAACGCCUCGGGCCAUCUCUGCCAGCCUGCCCAAACUGGACUGUUUGCCCAAAAUUCUCACAAAUCCCACAAGUUGUUUUAGACUACAGUUUUCCACCUGGUUCCUUUUAGCUAAAGGAUAUAUUGCACAUGUGUAUAGCAACAGUACAUAGUAAUCCCUAACACUACUAUGAUGUCAGUAUACCUGUUGCAAGGAAUCAUGGAAGAUUUAAAUUGCAACAGGUGGCCACAAAUGUCUUAAAAUGUGAAAGCUGUGAUUUAGGGCUUUUUCUGCAACUUUGCCCAAAAUAGUAAUUCUCUUGCCCAACAGUUCCCAUAGAUAUUGCUUAAGGUUUAGGACCAUGCUCAAAGAGUAGGAAGUAGUAGUGUGUUUGAAGCAGUUACUGUUAUAAAGUAAAUGGAGUGCAACUAUGGAAAUGACUGACCUGCAUUCCUGCAUGUCUCUGAGGAAAAUUGUGUGAAGCAAAAAUAAACUAUCCUUUCAAACUCAA